CUCCUAGGCCUGGCCCCCCCAUCUCUGCACCAGGGCAUGGCGCCUGCCUUCCCACCCGGCCUGGGGGGCUCCCUGCCAUCAGCCUACCAGUUCGUCAGGGACCCCCAGUCAGGUCAGCUGGUGGUCAUUCCCAGCGACCACCUGCCUCACUUUGCGGAGCUGAUGGAGCGGGCUGCAGUGCCGCCCCUCUGGCCCGCCCUGUACCCUCCGGGCCGCAGCUCCCUGCACCACGCCCAGCAGCUGCAGCUCUUCUCCCAGCAGCACUUUCUGCGGCAGCAGGAAUUCCUGUACCUGCAGCAGCAGGCUGCCCAGGCUCUGGAGCUGCAGCGGAGUGCCCAGCUGGUGGUGAGUUGAGGUGGGGCAGUCACAGGGGUCUGUGGAGGCAGGGGAGACCCCUCCCCCUAUCGAGGGUGGGCCACAGAGGUCAACUAGCAGAAACUCCAAACAGUUAUGGACCGUGGGGGGGAGAGAAAAAAUGAGAGGCUAGUGGUCAGGGAGGGCCUCCUGGAGGAGGUGACAUUUACCCAGAGACCUAAAGGAGUAAAUUGUGGAGGAUCCCCUGGGCAGAGGGCACAGUAGUGUGAGCAAGACCCAGAG